AUGAAGAUCGCCACCGAGAAGGAGUACUACCUGGCGUCAGCCUUCCAGGAGAUCUACGUGCCGCCCUCCGCCAGCAUACGCCUCGCGGGCUUCAGCGUCGCAGGGACAUUCCUGCGUGGUGUGCUGGACAAGGUGGGGGUUGAGCCACAGGUGAAGCGCAUCGGGGCCUACAAGAGCGCGGGAGACCAGCUGCUGCGCAAGGACAUGUCCCCUGAGCAGCGUGAGCAGCUUGACGCCCUGCUGGAGGACAUCUACCAGCACUGGGUGGAGACGGUGGCCCGGGCGCGCGGCAAGAGUGAGGCCGAGGUGGUGGCGCUGCUGGACGAGGGGGUGUAUGACAACAAGAGGCUGGAGGAGGGGGGGUGGAUCAGCGGGCUGCGCUACGAGGAUCAGAUCAUCGACGACCUCAAGAAGAGGACUGGCGGCAAGGAGGACCAGGUGACCAAGGUCGGGCUCCGCAAGUACGCAGCCGUGAGGCGCGGCACCUUUGGCCUGGACGGCAAGAAGCGCAUUGCAGUGCUGCGCACCAGCGGCGCCAUCCUGGGCCAGUCAAGCGGCACCGGCAGUGCCAUUACGCCUGACGCAGUGAUCCCCAAGCUCAGGGCCCUGGCCAAGGACAAGGGCGUGGCGGCGGUGGUGCUGCGCGUGGACUCGCCCGGGGGUGACGCGCUGGCCUCGGACCUGAUGUGGCGUGAAAUCAAGCAGCUGGGGCUGAAGAAGCCUGUCAUCGCAUGCAUGGGUGAUGUUGCAGCGUCUGGUGGGUACUACAUGUCCAUGGGCGCCCAGGCCAUUGUGGCGCAGCCCCUCACCAUCACGGGGUCCAUCGGCGUUGUCACCGGGAAGUUCAACCUGGCAGAGCUCUACCAGAAAGCCGGGUACUCCAAGGAGCUGAUCUCGAGGGGCCGCUACGCCCAGCUGCUGGCGGCCGACAACCGCUCCUUCAGUGCUGACGAGGCGGAGCUGUUUGACCGCAGCGCCCAGUUUGCCUACGAGAGCUUCCGCGACAAGGCGGCGGCCAGCAGGGGCAUGGCCGUGGAGGAUAUGCAGGCUGUGGCCCAGGGGCGUGUUUGGUCCGGGACUCGCGCCGCCGCCAGGGGCCUUGUGGACGUGGUGGGCGGCCUGUGGGAGGCGGUCGCCCUGGCCAAGCAGGCGGCAGGCAUUCCCCAGGAGGACAAGGUCACAGUGGUGGAGGUCAGCCGCGCCACAACUUCGCCCCUUGCACUGCUGGGGGUGGGCGCGUCCGCAGCCAGCUUGGUGCUCGCCAGUGCGGCGGCGGCGGUGGCGCAGGGCGCCUCUCCUGGGACCGCGCUGCAGAGAGCUGUUGGCGCGGCAGCCAUGCAGCAGCUGGGCGCGGUGGCGGCAGCAGCAGGUUCUCCUUUUGGCAUGAGCCCGGCGGUGCUGCAGGCGCUGCUCUCUGGGCUGCAGCAGGGGCAGGUGAUGGCCUUCGACUUUGAUGCGGCCGGCAUGGCAAGCGGUGGCAGCAGCGGCCUUCUUAGCGGGCCAGCGGUGGCUGCUCCCUCAAGCGGCAGCUCUCUGUUUGACGAGGAUGGGCUGGGGUCUGCUGUGGCGGCGGCGGACGCAUGGCUGUCCGACGCGCUCGAGGAGUGGGUGCUGUGA